ACAAACCACAUGCAAAUGUUUCUGUAUGAAAGCAGACGAGCUGAUGGAGGGAGAUGAUCCUAAACAUGCUCCUGUUCUCUCUGAUCACGUGAUCGUGUGGAUGUUAAAGGGGUUUGAUUUGAACAUUAAGACUCCAUUCAGCAGCGAGCACCUCAUCAGGGCCUCACCUCAGCUUUGGCGUCACCAUGGUAACCGUGUCAGUCCUGGUCCUCCUGCUCUCAGCUUUUUCUCCUCCAGUCCACAGCCGUCUCACUACGUUCCAGAUCAUUCCGAGUUACAUGAAUCAGACUGCGGCUCGGGCAGCUUGCAGAGAUAAUUACAUCGACCUCGUCACUGUGUACUCUGAUGAAGACAACACUAAACUGAAUAAUAUGACGGAGAAGGCUGGUAUCAGUGGCGGUUGGAUCGGUCUCUAUCGCAGUAACUUCAGUGAGAAAUGGUCUAAUGGUGAUCCUGUAACAUUCAGAAAUCUGGCAGGGGUUUGUGGGACAUCGAGCUACUGUGCUGUUAUGAAGGCUGAUGGUUUAUGGGAAAGUCUUCAGUGCACAGGGACACGAUAUUUCAUGUGCUAUGAAGAAGGUGACAUUAAAUCUAAACACAAUUAUCAUCUAAUCCUUGAGAAUAAGACCUGGUCUGGUGCUCAGCGUUACUGCAGGGGGAAAUACACUGACCUGGUCAGUAUCAGAGAUCAGCAGCAGAAUGAAGAGGUGAAGAUUAAAGGGUUAAACAGCAACAAUCCCUUCUGGAUCGGCCUGCUGUGUGAUGACUGGCAGUGGACCGAUGGAGGAAACUCCACCUACAGAAACUGGGGGAGUGGUUAUCCUCUAUCAUCAUCAUCAGAGGACUGUGUUAAACUGUUUGAAGGGAAAUGGUAUUCAGUGUCGUGCCGUAAUGAUCACUACCCUCUGUGCUACGGUGUUUCCAUCCAUGUGAGUGAUGAGGCUCUGAGCUGGGAGGAAGCGCUGGAUUACUGUCGUGACGGGAACAGGGCUGGAAUUCUCAACAUCGAUUCUGAAUCUGAACAGGAAGAGCUGGAGUCUGAGCUCAGGAGGAGGCGUGUCCCCCGAGGGAAUCUGUGGGUGGGGCUUGGACCGAACCGUCUCUCUGAGAUGAAGGUGUCGUCCGGUCCGCUGACCUGCGAGGACGUAGAGAGACAGACAGAACCUCCGCUGUCUCACUGCGCUGCUGACACACACACUGCAGAAGCAGCACCUGAUUAUGUGAUGGACUCUGCUGAACUUCGAGUCGUGUGUAAAUUGAAAUAAAAGGCGGUUUUCUCCAUGCUGGAAGAACAGAGCACUGCACAGUUGAGUGUUUUCCAGCACUAACUCACCUGAACCCUUCAUUAUGCACGUGUUCACUAGGUGAUGAGUUGAAUCAGGUGUCAUAGAGCAGGAAAAAGCUUAAAGUGUGCAGGAACUGUUAAGAUGUACUUAAGGCUUUCUGCUUCUCUGUUUAAAGAACUUCAGAUAUGACUUUAGAUAAAAUAAUAAAUUAACUCUGUUCACUUUCAGUUCAUUUAGAUAUUUUCUCUUCAAAUUUGUUAAGGUAAAUGUUUAUUAAAGUUGUUUCAUAUAUUAGUGAAAGCAAAAUGUCAUUAAUUAUUAUUGACAAG